AUGGCAAUCCCAAAGAACACUGGCAAGAGGCUUAUCCCUCACAUUCUUGAUGAUUUGGCUACAACUGAACCAAAUCGUCUUGUCUUUUCAGUAGCAAAGUCUUCGGACAUCAGUCAAGGCUUUCAUGACGUUUCUGCUCGCCAACUCGCUCAAGCUGUUGACAAGACGGCUUGGUGGCUUCACAAACAAGUUGGAAACACCGGAGAGAUCCAACCCGUCGGUUACAUUGGACCUCAUGACCUCCGCCAUAUUCUGUUGACAUAUGCCUGUGUCAAGGCCAACUGCACCGCCUUGUUCUUGUCCGCCAAGAACAGUACCGAGGGGGCUCUUGCUGUUCUAAAAGCGGCCAAAUGCAACAUCUGGGUAAAGCCUCGUGGGCCGAGCUACCCUCUCGUUGACGACCUCCUGCAACAGCGGGACAUGCAGGUCCUCGACUUGCCUGAGCUUGAUGAACUGCUUGAUGCGGAAGGCACUGAGCCAUGCCGCUUCUGCAAGACUUUCGACGAGGCGAGCCAAGAGCCUUUCUGCCUUCUCCACACGUCGGGUUCAACGGGGCUACCGAAGCCUAUUGUAUGGUCUCACGCUCUCAUCGGCACAAUGGAUGCUGUCCGGCUCCUUCCACCAACAGAAGGAGAUGGCGGUAUGGUCCCGUGGACAGACAACUGGAACGAUGGUGAUAGGAUCUACUCAUCAUUUCCCAUGAGUCAUGGAGCUGGUAUUAUUAUGGAUAUUCUCUUGCCUUCGCUCUUCAAUCUUCACUGCAUCUUGGGACCGCCUGGUGUCAUACCCAACAUGAACCUCAUAGACUCCCUUGCAGAACACGCAAAGGUCGAUAUCUGGAGCAUGGUGCCCUCGCUGGUGGAUGAGCUUGGAGAAACCCCAGACGUUUUGCCCAAGCUUCGGCCUUCCAAGUUCAUUUGUGCAUCUGGUGGUCCUGUCAGUCCCGUCAGCGCGUCCAAAGUCAACAAUGUCAUCCGGGUUCUGAACCUCACGGGCACAACAGAAGGCCUGUUCAUUGGCAAUCUCUGGGUGGACAGAGAAGAUUGGCUCUACUUUGCAUUCCAUCCUUUCUCGGGCUUUGAGUUCAAGGAAGUCGAACCCGGUGUCUUCGAGCAUUGGGUCCAUCGAAAUGAGCAUGGCCCUUUCUUUCAAGGGAUCUUCCACACAUUUCCCGACCAGAAGAGUAUCAAUCUGAAGGAUCUGUACACGCAGCAUCCAACCAAGCCAAGUCUUUGGGCGUACAAGGGGAGAAACGACGACGUUGUCGUUCUCUCUAAUGGGUACAAGAUUUCUCCCUUAGAAACAGAGGCACUAGUCACUACCCACUCUGCUGUUGAAGGCUGUCUUAUGAUCGGUUCAAGUAAACCUCAGGCAGGUCUUCUAAUCGAGUUGAAGGAUCCAUCCUCAAAAACGACCGAACUUUUGGACAGCAUCUGGGUCACUGUAGAGCGAGCCAACUCACUCUCUACGCACAAGAACCAGCUUCAUAGAGACUACAUCACCUUCGCUGAGCCAGACAAACCGUUCAUUCGUACCGACAAGCGAACUAUCAAGCGACGUGCUACGCUGGAGCUCUACGCCGACUACAUCGAGCGCUUCUAUAAUUCCCGCUUGGAAGAGGAAGAUUCGCAAUUCAUUGUCAUCGACACUAGCUCUAUCGAGUCUAUCACUCAAGCGAUCAGACAAAUCUUCGGCUCUUUUUCGCAAGGUCUCAAGAACGCGUCACCCGAUGCAGAUGUUUUUAGCUUAGGCCUAGACUCGCUCCUGGUAUUUCGAGUCGUCAAGAUCAUCCGUGCAGCGACUGGGCUACAAGACAAGCUUUCGCCACGGCAUCUAUAUGCUAGCCCCACGCUCGGCAAAUUUGCUGUCACGAUCGCGAAGUUGCUGGCCGAGAAGAAACAUGCGGCGGAGAACAAUGUCUCCGCGUCGGACCAGAAUUUGGAUCCCACUGUGGUGAAGAUGAGGAGUAUGAUGAACGCCCACAAGUCGCGUCUGUCACCCAAGGUCAACCCGUUUGAUUUGAUGAACCCCAACAUUUACGUGGGCAUGAAGUUCUACAUACCGCUGCGCGAAGACGCACGGUACGAAGAUGUUUUCAACAGGCUGCACGAUGGGCUUGGCAGGACUCUUGAACUCAUUCCAGAACUUGAAGGAAAGGUCAUGCGCUGCUCACCGCAUGAGACGGGGUACAAGAAUGGCGAUCUUCGCAUCACUUUGCCCCUAAUUCCGUCAACCGCGACCCCUGAAACCAACUUCAAGAACUCUCCGCUCAGGCAGCUACGCUACAAGGAUCUCUCCAACGUGCUUCCAUCGUUCGAAGAAUUGAGAUCUGCCGGCUUUGUGGCCUCGGCCUUCAGCGAUGAAGUCGUCAUCGACUGCCCCUGGUUUCCGACGCUCCCGGCUGAGGUUCUUGUUGCGCAGGCGAACUUCAUCAAGGGUGGGUGCAUUCUCGCCAUCAACAUCCAUCACGCGGCAGUUGAUGGGAUGGGAGCUAUCACAGCCCUGAGAGUCUGGGCCGAGAGCUGCAGAUAUGUUCAGGGCGACAUGUCGGCUACCUGCGAGUGGCUCGAUCCUGAGAGCCUCAAUAGAAGCUUGCCUCACAUCCUCUACGAGCUCGAAGGGUAUGCUAAGCCUGCACAUCAGGUGGACCCCAAUGUCUGGGGAUUCUUAGGAUUCCCAGAUCCUUCAGAGCUUCAGAACGGCAAUGGUCCGGUGAAGGUGGAGGCGCGUCUCACGGAGUCGACAUUCCCCACACCACCCCCAUUCCCCCGCAAGUUUGCCUGGCCACCCGUUCCUCCGGCUGACGGUCGUCACAUGAAGCCUACUACGUUUCUCGUUUCGAGCGAAAAUGUGGAGAAGCUUCGACAAAUGGUUCUUGCUGACCCGGAGGCCAAGGGGGCUGUGACAUCCGUCGGCGAUGUUAUUCAGGCCUUCUUCUGGCGGGCUGCGAUCAAGGCCCGUUACCGCGUUGCCAAGGAGAUACAUGGCGAAGAAUUCGGGCCAGAAGACAACGCGAUUGUGGAGAUGCCCAUCGAUGCUCGCCCCUAUUUCUCUUCUCUGCUGCCCUCAUCUUUCAUGGGCAGCUGCUUGGUGACCAACCGACCUUACAUGCCUGUUGAAGAGCUUUGCUCACCGGAGACAAGCCUUGGGCGCAUUGCUUACCUCUUCCGCGAGGCAGCCACUCAUAUCAAUCCUUCCCUGGUUCAUGACGCCUUCACUCUGCUCCAGUCUGUGCCCGACUAUGGCAUGCUCACCAACGCUUGCAUGGGGUUGGCGGGGAUGCACUGCAUGAUGAACAACUUGAUCCUUUUCCAGACGACCGAGAUUUCGUUCGGCGAUGAGUUCUUUGAAAACCAGGGCACACCUGACACCAUGAGAAUUCUGAUGGACCGGUUCAACACGGCUUUCAGGCUGCUGCUUAUCCACCCUAUGCGUGAUGAUGGUUCUGUGGAGCUAUUGUUAGGCACGCUCCCUGAAGAGUUCGAAAUGUUGACGGCUGACGAAGAGUUUACCAAAACGUUCGCCAGCAUGGAUCAAGGGAAGGACCCACAGACUGAGCCAUCGCCAUCGCCGUCGCCCCCAAGCACGACAAUCGACAAGACCGACACACGUAUCAGCACAACAGCUCACAUCAAUGACGCGUCUCCGGGGUCUGAUACGGACCAGCCUGAGGCUCAGACCGGUGUUCAGAACAUAGAAGCCGUAACUUCGACAUGGACCACAUCCUCCUUGGUCAUCGCUUAUGUGAUGAUCUGGGUCAUCUACUUCGUCAUACUCAUGCAGCAAGGUGCCCUAGCCGCCCUCACACCUUUUGUUACAUCCGCCUUUCAGCAGCAUUCCUUGACACCAACCGUCGCCGUCAUCAGUGGCAUCAUCGGCGGAGUCUUCAAACUUACCCUCGCCAAGAUCCUGGAUGUUUUCGGACGACCGCAGGGCUACCUCUUGUCCAUCUUCAUAGCCACCCUCGGACUGGUGAUGAUGGCUGCCUGCAACAGUGUGGAGACUUAUGCAGCUGCUCAAGUCUUUUACACAGUUGGUCAGAACGCACUGCUGUACAGCAUUUCUAUUUUUGUUGCAGACACUUCGUCUUUGCGAAAUAGGGGACUUAUGCUGGCUUUCACUGCCUCACCAAAUCUCAUCACCACGUGGCUCUCCGGCCCGAUUUCCCAAGCCUACCUCACAGGACCAGGAUGGCGAUGGGCGUUUGGCACUUUCUCGAUUGUCGUACUUGUCUUCACCCUUCCCCUAUUCGGACUCUUCGCAUACAAUCUCACCAAAGCCAAGAGACUCGGAGUAAUACCCAAGCGCACCAGUCAGCGGACAACGUUGGAAUCAUUAUCUUAUUACUGCCGAGAAUUUGAUGCCGUAGGGCUCUUCCUAAUGUCAGCUGGCUUGGCAUUGUUCCUUCUGCCCUUCAACAUCUACUCCAUGCAGGAGGAAGGAUGGCGAUCUCCACUCAUCAUCUGCCUAUUGGUCUUUGGUGUUGUUCUUCUCACAGCAUUUGUCAUAUGGGAGAGAGCGUUUGCCCCCAUCACGUUUAUCCCCUAUUCUCUUUUAUUGGAUCGAACCGUCAUCGGUGCGUGUGGUCUUUCAGCAGUCCUUUUUAUCAGUUACUUCAUCUGGAACAGCUUCUUCAGUUCCUUCCUAAUGGUUGUCAAUAAUCUCGAUGUCACCAAAGCCAGUUACGUCUACAACAUCUACGCUAUCGGCAACACACUUUGGGGGCUUGUCGUAGGGUGGAUAGUACACCGCACCGGUCGCUUCAAGAUCAUCACCUUGUGGUUCGCCAUUCCGUUACACAUCUUCGGUAUGGGUCUCAUGAUUUACUUUCGUCAGCCUGAUCAAAACAUCGGCUUCAUCAUCUUAUGUCAGAUAAUCAUCGCCAUUGCGGGUGGUACCAUCAUCAUCACAGCAGGACUUGCUGCGAUGGCGGCCGCUUCACACCAGCAUGUGGCUGUCGUGCUAGCCACCGAAGCCAUGUUCGCUGAGAUUGGCGGAGCCAUUGGUCUGACUGUAUCCGCUGCAAUUUGGCAGGAUGUGUUCGCUAAGAAGCUGAUGGAGAACCUGCCAACGGAAGAGCUGGCCAAUUUCGUGCCAAUCUACUCGGACCUCGCCACACAAUUGAUGUACCCAGUGGGUUCUGAUACUCGUAAAGCCCUCCAGUUGGCGUAUGGUGAAGCUCAGAAAUGGAUGUUGAUUGCCGCUACUACCAUCUGGGCGGUAGGCUUCGUGGCGACUCUUGCUUGGCGGGAUAUUAAUGUGAAGACUCUGAAGCAAGUCAAAGGGCAUGUAGUAUAG